ACAGUUGCUUACUACGCAACGGACCCACGAUUCAACGAAAACGGAGAGGGUGGAGAGAGAGAGAGAGAGAGAGAGAGAGAGAGAGAGAGAGCUCAGGGGCUUGGACAUGGGAACGACGAUACCGAACGCCAUAGGUUGCCCUAGUAGUUUUCACCCCUCCCGUAGACGAAGCUUCUCCGGAUCUCCCCUAUUCACCUCUGCUCUCCCCUCCUCAUCGAGUAGAACGCCCGCGAGGCGCUGUUGGAUGGCGUGUGGAAGCACAUCAGCUGCGGAAAGCCGGAAUUUGGAUGGUGCUAAGAACGUGAAUGAGCAUCCAUGUCUUGCUGAUAACUUGGGAGUCGUCAGAGAUAGUAUAGAUGAUGCUGACGUCCUUAUCGAAUGUAGAGAUGUCCACAAGUCCUUUGGAGACAAACAUAUUUUGAGAGGUGUCAGCUUCAAGAUUAGACACGGAGAAGCUGUGGGUAUAAUUGGGCCUUCAGGCACUGGCAAGUCUACUAUAUUGAAGGUUAUGGCUGGGCUUUUAGCCCCCGACAAGGGUGACGUUUUCAUUUGUGGAAGAAAAAGGCAUGGUUUAAUUAGUGAUGAGGAGAUUCCGGGCCUCCGAAUUGGCUUGGUGUUUCAGAGCGCAGCACUUUUUGACUCUCUAACAGUCCGUGAAAAUGUUGGUUUUCUAUUGUAUGAAAACUCCAAAAUGCCUGAGAAUCGGAUAUUAGAGAGGGUAACAGAAACUUUGGCUGCAGUUGGGUUGAAGGGUGUGGAGGACCGCUUUCCUUCCGAACUGUCCGGCGGCAUGAAAAAGAGGGUAGCAUUAGCUCGCUCCAUAAUCUUCGAUGAUACGAAGGAAAUGAUAGAACCAGAGGUGCUGUUAUAUGAUGAACCCACGGCAGGGCUUGACCCAAUUGCUUCCACUGUCGUGGAAGAUCUUAUACGUUCUGUACAUGUGAGAAGGAACGACGCUCUUGGUAUACCAGGAAAGAUAGCAUCUUACGUGGUUGUCACUCAUCAACAUAGCACAAUAAGAAGAGCUGUUGAUAGAUUGUUGUUUCUCUAUGAGGGAAGGAUAGUGUGGGAAGGAAUGACACAGGAGUUCACGAGAUCCACUAACCCCAUUGUUAGACAGUUUGCUUCUGGUAGCUUGGAUGGGCCUAUAAGAUACUGAGAAUGCUUUAUAAAGCUGCCGAACUUUUGUCUCCUUUGUCCUCUGUUAUAUUGAGCAUUAAUAUACAAUCAUCUAUUGUGCUAAUAUACGAGUAUCUCUCUCUCUCUCUCUCUCUCUCUCUCUCUCUCUCUCUCUCUCCCUAACUGCAUGGCCCAUUUGUCUAAUGCAGCAUUCUGUAUCGCAAAUUGCGGAUUGGUAGUUGUAUAUAAGGCAAUACCUGGUUUUCACUUUGAAGAGAGAGAAAUUUUUUGAAGGA